GCUUGGCCUACGCUCACAUUCAGUUCAGUGGUACUGUAUGGAGGACGGGAGUUGCUUGAUGUGCUGACUUCUUCACUUCAAUUAACUCGAAAUCUGCAUACAUUUCAUGUGAGCUACUGGACUAUAACAAAUGGCUUCUCUGCAAACAUCCCUUAUUUGGGUCCUUUAUACCAUUGCGGUAGCCGUUGCGGUCUUGGUAGCCUGGUUCCUCGUCCACAUUUAUCAAACCCCUCGAGAUCGUUCGCGCGCUGUGACCUUAACUUGUAUUUUUACCAUAACAAGUCUUCUUGCAACUGUUCUCCUACUGCCAGUUGAUGUUGCUCUGGUCUCUUCAGCGACGUCAUCAAAUCUGGGCCAGAGGAAAGGCUGGGCCACUCAGAAUGAUGUCGACAAUUUUCUUCCUUCUUUGACUGUUGUAUACUAUCUACUCUAUUCACUUGAUGCCAUCCUAUGCCUCUUAGUCAUCCCGUUUGUUUACUUCUGGUACGAAGAGUAUGAUGAGGUUGCUACUGAAGCAGGUGAACAAUCCUCGGGCCAACGACUCUGGGCUGCCCUCAAAUAUACUAUGUCUUUUGUCGCAAUUGUGGCAGUGCUACUUCUGGUCGGCUGUCUUAUCCCUAUGUCGAACGUCGAGAACGCCACUGAAAAUGAACCUCUGGCGGCCUCAAUGGUUAAAAAUCGAGGCGAGCGGGCGUUUUUGUUUACAAUUGGAGCACUCAUGACAAUCGGAGUGCCCUUUUAUGCCCUGUAUACGUCCACAGGCCUUGCUCUUCUCCCUCUGCAGGCAAUCAAAGUUUCGUCGGCAUCGAAGGAUACAUGGAAAGCUGCCAUGAUCGUGCAGCUUGAGUCCAACAGAGAACGCCAACGCCAGUUAGAUCGGCGCUGCGGAGGAAAUUCUGGACUUUUGUCCUCCAAAGAUCGUAGAGAAUUGGACACCCUUGUUCGAGAGGAGAGGACGUUAAUCCGGCGCCAGCGCCUAGCAGACGAAGCUCACGCGGAGCACCGAGACUGGGUGGUCAAAUUGUGGCUGAAAGCCGAGGCUACAUGCCGUCCAUUGAGAGUAUUGGGUGGCGUUGGCUUGUUUCUAAUUGCGUUUCUGAUAUUGAUAUCCAUGUUCGCGACAUCUAUCGACAAGGUCAGCAACUCGCUCUGCAAACACCGUUGCGGAUACCUCCUCAAACACAUGCAUACGUUCAAUCCGGUAGAUUGGAUCCUGAUUCAGUCUGCGAGGAUAUUUCCCGUCGACUACAUCAUAUUCACGGUACUCACUUUACUUCUCUUCUUCAGCUCAGUAUUCGGGAUCGCAACAAUAGGCAUUCGACUCCUCUGGGUGAAUGUCUAUCAGAUCAGAAGAGGCCACACAUCUCCGCAAGCUCUUCUGCUGACAACGGUGAUCUUGAUGCUGACCAUCUUAACACUCAACUAUUCAUUGUCCAUGAAUGUGGCCUCGCAGUACACAUUAUUUGGUUCUCAAACGUUUUGUGAUCGCCCGCCAAGCCCUGAAGGGCGUCCAGAUUGCUCGGAUAACACGCAACUCAUGAAGCGAUGUUCGGACAUUGCAGACAAUGCAGCUGCAAAGCAAUCUUGUACGCCUAGUGUUGCUAGCACAUUUGUGAAUCAUGUGACAACAAAGUUUCCCUUCUUCGGGGUGAUACUUUUCUGGUCUCAAUUCAUGUUCAUAGGCUUUUAUUUACUCGUUGUUGUCACGUUCAUCGUUCGCUCACCACGACAAGACGAGCGCUCACUUAACGAGGAAGCCGAGGAAGCCGAGGAAGCCGAGGAGGAGAAUCUCCUAGCGAGCACGGGAAGACGUGAUAAUGCUGGGUUAGAUGACAUUAUACGAAGGAUGGACAGGCAGAAUGACAGCAGGAGUGUAGGAUAACAAUGCUUGUGCAUCUCGUUCCAAGCAAGAACUCAGCCCAGUCAUCAGAAAGUUGAGCGGCAGUGACACGUAUUCGUAACAUCAUAUGGCUCGAUUCUCCUGGGUCGCCCACAAAGAGGGCCCACCAUUGCUGGGCAAUCGGCAACGGAGGAACAGGAGUGUGAUCCAAUGAUCCGGGUUCGAUUUUGUGACCAUGUGCAUGACU